AUGGAUGAAGAUUUGUGCCCCAAAAUUUCGGAUUUCGGUCUUGCUAAGCUUUGCAAAAACAAAGAGAGUGCCAUAUCUUUGCUAAACGCGAGAGGGACUAUAGGGUACAUUGCUCCUGAGGUGUUUUCCAAGAACUUUGGAGAAGUUUCACAUAAAUCAGAUGUUUAUAGUUAUGGAAUGGUGGUUCUUGAGAUGAUCGGGGUAAAGAACAUGAAACGUGUUGGAAACUCUAGAUCCGAAAACGUUUCAAUGUACUUUCCAGAUUGGAUCUACGAGGACCUGGAGAGGAAAGAAACCAUGAGUUUCUCUGGAGUUCAUAUAAUCGAACAAGAAGAGAAGAUAGCAAAGAAAAUGGCAUUGGUUGGUUUGUGGUGUAUUCAGACCAGUCCAUCUGAUCAUCCACCAAUGAAAGAAGUCGUUGAGAUGUUAGAAGGAAGUCUAGAAGCCCCCUCCAGGUACCACCUAAGCCUCUUUUGA